GCGACAGCAACAGCAACAGGCGGCGGGCUCGGCGGGAGGCGGAGGCGGCGAAGGGGCGGGGAGCGCGAGGAGGAGCGAGCCGGCCCCGCGCCGCCGCCUGUUCCCCGCCGCAUGGACGAGCACCUCAGCCUCCUGCGCUCGCCGCCGCCGCCGCCCUCCGCCCGCCACCGCGCCCACCCGCCGCAGCACCCCGCGAGCGGCGGCGGCGGCGGCGGCGCCCACACGCUGGUGAACCCCGGCUACGCAGAGCCCGCCGCGGGCCCCGAGCUGCCGCCGGACAUGACGGUGGUGGCCGGGGACCACCUGCUGGAGCCGGAGGCGACCGACGGCGGGGGGGACCCGCCUCAGGGCGGUUGCGGUGGCGGCGGCGGCUGCGACCGCUACGAGCCGCUGCCGCCCGCGCUGCCCGCCGCCGGCGAGCAGGACUGCUGCGGGGAGCGCGUGGUCAUCAACAUCUCGGGGCUGCGCUUCGAGACGCAGCUCAAGACCCUCUGCCAGUUCCCGGAGACUCUGCUGGGCGACCCCAAGCGGCGCAUGAGGUACUUCGACCCGCUCCGCAAUGAGUACUUCUUCGACCGCAACCGGCCCAGCUUCGACGCCAUCCUCUACUACUAUCAGUCCGGGGGCCGAAUCCGCCGGCCGGUCAAUGUGCCCAUCGACAUCUUCUCCGAGGAGAUCCGCUUCUACCAGCUGGGCGAGGAGGCCAUGGAGAAGUUCCGCGAGGACGAGGGCUUCCUGCGGGAGGAGGAGCGGCCCCUGCCCCGCCGAGAUUUCCAGCGCCAGGUGUGGCUGCUCUUCGAGUACCCGGAGAGCUCCGGGCCGGCCCGGGGCAUCGCCAUCGUGUCCGUGCUCGUCAUCCUCAUCUCCAUCGUCAUCUUCUGCCUGGAGACGCUGCCCGAGUUCCGCGAUGAGAAGUACUACACCGCCUCGCCGUCGCAGGAGCUGUUCGAGACGGCCAGCAACAGCACGUCGGGGGCCCCCGCGGGAGCCUCCAGCUUCUCGGAUCCCUUCUUCGUGGUGGAGACUCUGUGCAUCAUCUGGUUCUCCUUUGAGCUGCUGGUGCGGUUCUUCGCUUGCCCCAGCAAAGCCACCUUCUCGCGAAAUAUCAUGAACCUGAUAGACAUUGUGGCCAUCAUCCCUUAUUUCAUCACUCUGGGCACCGAGCUGGCUGAGCGACAAGGCAAUGGACAGCAAGCCAUGUCCCUGGCCAUCCUGAGGGUCAUCCGCCUGGUGAGGGUCUUCCGCAUCUUCAAGCUCUCCCGCCACUCCAAGGGGCUGCAGAUCCUGGGGCAGACGCUGAAGGCUUCCAUGCGGGAGUUGGGGCUGCUCAUCUUCUUCCUCUUUAUUGGGGUCAUCCUUUUCUCCAGCGCGGUCUAUUUUGCGGAGGCAGACGACCCCACUUCAGGUUUUAGCAGUAUCCCUGAUGCCUUCUGGUGGGCUGUGGUAACCAUGACGACAGUAGGUUACGGUGACAUGCACCCAGUGACCAUAGGGGGAAAGAUUGUGGGGUCACUCUGUGCCAUCGCUGGUGUCUUGACCAUUGCUUUGCCAGUCCCUGUGAUUGUUUCCAACUUCAAUUACUUCUACCACCGGGAGACAGAAGGGGAAGAGCAAGCCCAGUACUUGCACGUGGGAAGUUGCCAGCACCUCUCCCCUUCAGCCGAGGAGCUCCGGAAAGCGAGGAGUAACUCGACUCUAAGUAAGUCGGAGUAUAUGGUGAUCGAAGAGGGGGGUAUGAACCAUAGCGCUUUCCCCCAGACCCCCUUCAAAACGGGCAAUUCCACGGCCACCUGCACCACGAACAAUAAUCCCAACUCCUGUGUCAACAUCAAAAAGAUAUUUACCGAUGUUUAAUAUAUGAAAUUAGUGACAUGCUGUGCCCAGUAUUGUGUAGAACGUGCCCCCUUGGUCUGUGUAUGCCCUUGUUUUAUACAUUUCCAGACCAUUCAUCAAGGAAAGGACAUGAAGAAGUGGAAAGCACACUUCAUUCUCCCUCUCCCUACUGCUUCAUACUGAAACAGGUGUCUGUUUUGCAAGUGGGCUGCAUUCUCUCAGCUCUCCUUUUUUUUUCUCUCCCUCUCUUAAUAUUUCGAACAACAAACUUACUUUAAACUUGAUUUUUAGCACAUGCUCUGUAAAAAAAAAAAGACAAAAAAAGAAAACCAAACAAAAAAACUGUACAUCCUGGAAGGAAAUGAAACUAAAGAACGGAGUAACUGUCUAACCUCAGAAUCGAAAGGCAGCUGUUUCUUUACUAAGUAAAGCAGGCACAUACUUAAAGGAUGCUUCGGUUUGAUGGACCCGUCAACAUUAUUGAAUAUUUAGUUCAAUUGCCAACACUGUGGAUAUGUGGAUGAAAAGUCUAUUUAGAACAAUGACUUGUAAACCCACCGUAAGUUUAUUUGUUUUCAACUGGAAUUUCUAUUUGGAAGCCCCCCUCCCGGAAUUUUAAGGAUCUCUACAACUUUGAACUAAGGGAAAUGCCCAAGAUGUCCCGAUCUGACUAAUUAGUUUAACUCUUUGGGGCUUGUUAAGCAUUUCGAAAGUAUUAGGCUAAGAGAUUCCUAUGAAAUUCUGUAUGCAUUCCAGCUAACAUCUAUCAAAGUCUAGAAACAGAUGUUUUCAGUGCUGCGGAGAGAAACAAAAAAAUUUCCUAAUGCAUCUGGGAGAUAAGCUUCUGCAGUAUCACAAGAAGAUUAAAGUGGCAGACACUUCUUCCAGCAGAAGUUACUAAUUCGGACCUGACUGAUGCAGUUCCCAUAGCAACACAUGUUUCCCGGGAAACCCGAAAAACGUUGUCAUGGCAUCUCUUGCUCUCUAGCCCCACCCCCUAGCCCCUGCUGUUUCCACAGUAACCUUUCCAGAUGGUUCCUACUUACAUGAUUUCACAAGGAAAACCAAUGUUUGAAUA